GAUGAUGGGCCGCCAGAAAUAUAUAUAUCUAUAUAUAUAUAUUUAGGGCAAAUCAUUUCAGCCUCCAAAUCGCAUCCAUCUCUAUUCUUGUUCUCAACUCUGAACCUACCCUCUCUCUCUCUCUCUGCAACUGCAAACUACAAAAUCAGAAGUUCAAAACCCGCGUCCGUCUCUAUUCUCGUUCUCAACUCUGAACCUGCCCUCACUCUCUCUCUCUGCAACUGCAAACUACAAAAUCAGAAGUUCCAAACCCGCGUCCGUCUCUAUUCUCGUUCUCAACUCUGAACUUGCCCUCUCUCUCUCUCUCUCUCUCUCUCUCUGCAACUGCAAACUACAAAAUCAGAAGUUCAAAACCCAUAUAUUUCAGUUUAUCUAUCUGUCUGCAAGAAUCAAAAGUUCAAAACCUAUUACCGGCAUAUCAUGUCAGAUUGUUCAAAAAAUCAAAACCUAUAUCUUUCAGUUUCCAUCCCCCGCUGUUCUAGUUCGGGUUCGCCGUUCGCAAGCUUCAGCCGCUGUCUCUCAACUCUCAAGCUUGCCCGCCUCUCUCUCUCUGCAACUGCUAACUUGAUUUGAAAGACUAAUUGGUAAAUUUGGGUAGAACGUGAGACUUGAACAAGCUGAAGGCCCUUAUCGUGGAUUAUAAUUUUUACAAUUACAGCAUCCUACGGUCCUACCAUCUUUUAGAGGGCUUUAGUCACUUCAGACUGUUUGUGCAGAUGUAACCUGCAGAGAGAUCACGUACUGUCGGAGAGAUAGAGAGGAGAUACGGUGAGAGAUAUCUGUACGAAAGAAGACAAAGGCUUUUUUUGUCUCUCAGUUUUUAUUUAUUUUUAGUUUUUGGUAGGAAUAGAAUGGCUAUUCACAGCUCAAGAAGACCAAUGGUCAUUUCAAUUUUUUCUUGGAAUGAGUGAAUUCCUUGAAAGGGUCAUUUCAAUAAUGCUCAAUGAUGAUGUUUUCCACUUCAUAAGUGGAUGCAAUAAUGCAAUACCUUGCCUUCGGGGGCUUGGAUGAGUUGGUAAGGGCUUGGCAUUGGCUCCCACUUGGCCAGUGUUUGAACCUUGCUAGCCUCCAUUAUCACCCCCGACUUACCCGGUGUAUCCUUGGGGUAAGGCUCUGCACCACCAGGUUUGUAACCUAUGAUGGGUCCCGAAGGGGCCCUGCCUAGGGGAGUUCCUGAUGCUAACUAAAAAAUAAUAAUAAUAAUGCAAUACCUUGAAAUUGCCAUUCUACCCUUAAAAAGUAACAAGGUGGAAUGACUUUUCCAUUCCAUUCCAAUUUGCCAAACUAGGGGUAAGUACAAAAUACUCAAGACUCAUCUAUUUAUUCUUAGACCUAUAUAACAUUGACGUCCACAAAGUAAUCAAGCGCUAUCCAAAGUGGUGUAGGUAUUUUGGAAUAAGAUCAAACAAUGGUGAAACCUCCCAAAAAGUUCUCUUUCUCUGACUCAGUUCUUCAAAGUUUUUAUCCCAGAACAGAGCUCUCAACGACUGCGAAUUCCACCAGCGUUCCUUAAGCAUUUUGAUGGAGUUAUACCCUCCAAGUCUAUAAUUAGGAGCCAUGCAAGCAGAUCGUGGCAGGUUGAAAUGAGAGAAGUUGAUAACAAUCUGUAUUUUGAAAAGUGUUGGCAUGAAUUUGUGGAAGACAGUUCACUAGAGUUUGGAGAUUUCCUAGUAUUUUGUUAUGGUGGCGAUUCAAUCUUUUUUGUUCAAGUAUAUGGGAAAAAUGGCUGUCACAAGGAGGUUUGCUUCCCCACUAGGAAGACUGAAAAAUCAUUUGCAUUUGUGCAAGAAAAUCAGAAAAAAGAACCCGUGAAGGAAAAACAUUUGAUGCUUGAAGACAAUGGCACGCAGCAAAAAACUAAUAGGACUUUACGUCGGAGGGGUCUCAUGGCUGUUCAAGAGAAUGAUGAAGCUCUGAAACCUCCUGGGAAGUUUCUGUCGAAGUUUCUGUCUUCAUACCCUUCCUUUGAAGUUGUUAUGAAGCCAGCUUAUCUGGAAAAUAGAUAUAUGUAUGUACCAACGAGCUUUGUCAAGAGCUACAUGAAACAGGGUACACAGGAUGUUAUUCUUCGUGUUUCAGCAAAGUCGUGGGAUGUGAAAUAUAUUAGCUAUAUGAAUACUCACAUGUUCAGUAAAGGUUGGAGCUUAUUUUGCAAGGACAACACACUGCAAGUCGGAGAUUCUUGUGUCUUUGAGCUGGUUGAGAUGGAGGAUUUUGUGCUGAAAGUUUCUGUUUUUAGAUAUGGUAAUUGAGUGAUAGCACUUGAUAUCACCAAGUGAAUGAUGGAGAUUUGAUAACUAAUGUUCAAGAGGUUGGUCAAGCUACUUUCUAUGUAUAUGCUUUUGUAUCUGAAAAUUAUCUAGUCCUUGUGAUGUGUUUGAAGAAUGUGAAAAGGGUAAUUUUGAAUAUAUUGGUAUGUUUGGACACAUUUUUACUCAUUCAAGUAAAAGAAGGAAUGGAGAUCAUUCUUGAAGCAUUGCAAUUCUGACAGGCUAACCAUUGAGAUGGAAAAACUGUGAACUCAGUUGAUCAACAAUUGUCAGAGCAGCAAGAAAACAGAGCUUAAGGGCUUAAGUUGGCCUGUGCCCCUUCUUUGGCCCUUUGAAGGGGUUGUCAUGAGCCUUCUUCGCCCAUCCGUACCCCGUACUGUCUCUCUCAACUGAACCUCGACCUUUUGUGAUGGGGGAGGAUAAUUCGAUUUUUAGAUCUCAUGGUUCGGUGAUGGUUUAGAAAAAUAAUAAUUCGCUAUUCGCAGUUCAAUUAACGGAUUGGACCGUGGAAAAAUUGAUCCGAUCCAAUUCGAUCUGUUAUCUUAAUUAUAUAUUAAUAUAUUAUAUAUAUAACUAUAUUUAUUAUAUUUAUAUAUAUUUUUUAUUCA